AUGGACAUACAUUUGAUGGAGACUUUAUACAGAGCCUUUAACUUUGCGACCAAACCAAUGGUGGAUAAUGUUGCUAGUGGGUCAUUUACUACUCUAUCAUUUCAAGAUGCUGCUAAUAUGCUGAAUAGGAUGACCAAACUAAGUAGGGCUUGGUACACCAGUGAUUCUGUGGUGGAAAGUCCAACUAUUCCUAUUGGAAUGAAUGAUGAACAGCGUAGAAGAGAUAAGGAGAAGGAUCAAGACAUAGCCCAUCUAAAGAUUCUAAUAGACCUGCUCACCAAGCAUUUAUUCUCAGGAAGGAUGGAAAAGGUAAAGGCUGCAAUAAUUCGGGACCGUGUUGAUAUGGAACCUGAAGAAGAAGUCAACUAUGUUGCUAAUCAGGGGGUUUCUGAGAAGACAGAUGGUUCAUGUAUGGUGAUUGCCACUAGGAGUGGUAAAAUGUUAUCUAGACCUUUUGUGGGCAAAUCUAUGAGCAUUGAGGAAGUUGCAGAGGAACCAGCAGAACAAUACCUAGAGGAGACUAAGAAGACAAAAAGUUUUAUUGAUAUGUCAGACAAGGAGAAAGAAGAGGAAGUGCAAUUGACUAUAAAUGUUUCUUUGCUCGAAGCACUUGAGCAAAUUCCAGGAUAUGCGAAAUUCAUGAAAGACCUUGUUACUAAUAAACGAACAGUGAGUUUCAAUCUAGAAGCAGAUCUCCACCUUUGCAGCGCUAUUUCCAUAAGCACCUUGAUGCAGAAAAAAUUAGAUCCAGACUUCAUUAUUCUGGACUGUGAGAUGGACUUCGAGGUGCCCAUAAUCUUGGGUCAUCCUUUUCUUGCAACCAGAAGUGUGUUGAUCUAUUUAAGAGCGAAUGAGCUCUUAUUCAGGGUGAACAAUGAAAAGGAUGUGGUCAGAACUGAACAGCUUGUCAUUAAGCCCUUAGCCACGGUUGUGAUGAACUAUGAUAGCGAAGGAAUUGAGGAGUAUGAAGAGACAAUUUGUGCCCUGAUUGGCCUGGGCUCAUAUUCUCAUGCUUCUAAAAAGCUCGACCUUCAUCUGGCUAAUCGACCAACACCACCAGCCAAGCCAUCUAUUGAAGAACCUCCGGUGUUAGAAUUGAUGGAGCUACCUGGUCACUUACGAUAUGUGUUUCUGGGGAAAAGAAGCACGCUACCUGUUAUUAUUGCAGCUAAUUUGGAAGAAAGGCAGGUAAAUGCACUUGUUUCAGUACUUCAGAGGCACAAGAGAGCAAUCGGAUGGACCAUCACAGAUAUUAUUAGCAUCCCCCCUGCAUCUGAGGUGGUUAAAAAGAAGAUUAUUAAAUGGUUGGAUGCAAGAGUAGUUUACCCUAUUUCUGACAGAAAAUGGGAGGGUAUCGUGCUGGGCCACAAAAUUUCUGAAAAAGGGAUUGAAGUUGAUCGAGCAAAGGUGGAAGUUAUCGAUAAAUCAUCACCUCCUAUUUUAGUAAAGGGAGUGCGUAGUUUUCUUGGUCAUGCAGGAUUUUAUCGGAGAUUCAUAAAAGAUUUCUCCAAAGUUGCAAAUCUGUUGGAGAAGGAAGUGAAAUUCCUCUUCAAUGACGUAUGCUUGAAAGCAUUUGAGUGCAUUAAAAAGAAGUUGAUUGAGGCCCCUAUUGUUAUUCUACCUGACUGGGAAAAAUCAUUUGAAAUAAUGUGUAAUGCAAGUGGUGUCACGCUGGGAGCUCUGGUCUAUGAAAAAGCGUACCAUUUGCCAAUAGAGCUGGAACACAAGGCUUUAUGGGCGCUCAAGAGGUUGAACUUGAAUUGGAAGGAAGCAGCAAAGAUGAGACUAGGGCAACUGAAUGAGAUGGAUGAAUUCCGUCUCAGGGCGUAUGAACGAACAGAUUUGUAUAAAGAAAAGAUGAAAAGACUCAAAUUGUUUCCAGAAAAGCUGAAAUCUAAGUGGUCGGGUCCUUUUAAGGUAAAUCAAGUCUACUCAUCUGGGGUAGUGGAGCUCAAAAACGAAGAUGGCAGUACAUUCAAGAUACAAGUGAUUGGGGAGGAAACCAAAUGA